UUCUUUGGUUGAUAAAGAAUCGUUUAUUUAGUGUCAAUUGAUUUAGUUUGGCAAAAUUCGGUUUAGGAAAAGUGAUUUACAGUCAAAUGGGAUCAAAAACCUUUUACGAAUUUAUAGUGAUUUUAAACUUGCUGCUGUGCUGUACUCAGUGCCAUCAAUUUCGAACAGAAAACGUAUCAAAUGUCAUUAAUGGUGGACAGAAAGGCUCCUUUCAAAAUGUAUCUCAGUUUUUGGACGCAGAAGAAUCAGCCGAAAAUUUGAUGCAAUUCACUUACAAUGUCAUUCAACUUAGCGUACCGAAGCACAUCAAGAUGAAUGACAUAAAUGAGUACCAUGAAAUAGUGCUACCAGCCUAUUCCAACACUAAAAUCCAGCUGACGAACAUGACCCGGUACGGCAGGAACGUAGGAUUUGCCUUGGUUCAGGUUAAUGCGUACGAGUUCAACGUUACGCUAAGCUACACGAAAACGAUCAUCGAGGGAAAUCAUUUGACUGGGUUGAAUCUCGGAUUGGUUCUAUAUGAAGAUGGGAAUCUGUAUGCAAUUAAUACGAAUUCUCAUGAGGAUAUUUGGAUCUCGUUGGUACUGAUGUUGUACAACAAGACGGCUCCCUUGCCGGGAGGCUGUAAUAUGGAAUUCCCGGUGGAUGUAUCGCCGGUGAUGAAUUUGACCUUAAGAGAAUCUACAAUCGAGGUUGAUACGCCACCUGCUUCACUAUCUAGACAGUUCAAUAGCUCUGAGAACGAUUGUGGAAAGACACGGCUAAAGUAUGAAUCUUACUAUCUAUCGAUGCCGUCGUAUGAUUUUUCCCAGAAGACUUAUUUUACGUACAUACGUAAUUUAAUAAGCUACGCCAAUGCAAAGGCUUCCGGACGGUUGAAUAAUCUAACGAUGUCCAUGCCGGGCAUCAAGCGUAUCUACGAUCGGCAGAUUGGCCGGGGAAUGGUAUUUGUUACCGUGGUUGUUGAUCCGGUUCAUCAUGGAUUUGCGGCGUAUGUUCCGGUUCACUCGUACGCUUGUCAUCCUUUUUUAAACGUCGGUGGAUGUUACGAGUUUAAUGUUCCGAUUCGAAUUGUUGGAUUGAUUGUAACGAUUAUAAUGGCUGCUGAAAUCGUGGUCGGAUUCUGCCCGUUGCUUGUGAAAGCAUUCAUAUGUGGCGGAAUAGUAGGUUUGAUAGGAACAAUGAAGUUGGCGAAGAGUUGCAACCUGUUCGUGACAGAUACUGAGCUGACCGCGAUGUUAGUCGUAGGAGCGAUCGUUUGUGCUGUGCUGUUUUUAGUACUGUCGAUUUAUUGUCCGAUAGCAUCCAUUCUUAUAUGCAACUUGCUAGUAGGAUACAUGAUGUGCAGCGUUAUCUAUUAUGGCUUCUAUGGAAAUCUUUUCAUUCAUCUAUACGUGAUGCUUAUCCUGCUACUGUGUGGCAUCGGAGUGGGAUUGUUGUUGAGUUCUAUACCGGCAUUCCUCUUGGCAAAUGGAUUUCUCUUCGGGGCUGCCGCACUUUUCUAUGGUGUCAAUGUUGUGUUCAGCGCUCGCUUGCAUUACUCACUGCGUAAUUUGUAUCAUGGAGUCUACGAUGAUAAUUACCAAACAGUUCUGUCCGAUUCAACACUUGACAUGAACGAAAUAAUGGCAUGCACAAGCUUUAUUAUUAUUCUGUCGAUUUGUAUCUAUUUGAGGGUUCGUUGCCGGCUCCGAGAACAGCAAGCCUUACCGAGUGGAUUCUGGGUUCCGUGUGGAAAUCGUGGAUCAAGAACAAGUCUUGCUAUGCUAGCAGAUGAUGCUUUCGCGUAUGAUCAUCCGACAAUAACCCGCUGGACUAGCGGCGAAGAUGACGUGUUCGAAUCUCCUGCAUCGAAUGCCAGAUUUUUCGAUCGACUGCGUAACUUUAGGAGGCAGAGAGUUCCUAACCGGGUGGAAUAAACACGGUUUUUAUGACCAAAUUGAAUAAACCAACAAUCUCUUUUUUGCUAGCAAUCAUCAAUACAAUUGCCAAAAUUUCUAAAAUUUAGUUGAUAAGAAAUACACUUUAAAUACCCUAGUUCAAA